UCCACACUUUCAUCCAGUUGACAAAAGAGGGACCUUAAUCUCCAAAAAUGUUCAAACUACUUCUUAUCAUUUUUCUAACCUUUAGGACAUGUGCAUGUUUCAUCACAUCUGCUGCUGUACUUCAAACUGAAGUCAUGAAGACUUUUUCUGCAGGUGAAACUGUGACUUUACAGUGCUCAAUAUCUCAAAAUUAUGAAAAUUACUAUUAUUGGUUUAAACAGUCUUUGGGUGAAGCUCCAACCUGCAUCCUCAGUGUGUAUGGCUCUGAAAUGAUAACAUUUACUGGAGACUUCAAGAAUGACAAAAGAUUGUCUGUUAAAAAGAAAAAGGAGUAUUUUGCUUUAAUUAUAAACGACACAAGAUCAUCAGAUACUGGAAUAUACUACUGCGGUUCCCGGGACUAUGAUCAGAUCACUUUCAGUAAUGGGAUGUUUUUAAAUUAUAAAGAGGAAAGUACAAUACAACAAUAUAUACAGCAAAUUUUGCCUAAAAUGGACUUAGCUACUUCAAAUAAGCAUGCGUUUAAUCCAGGAGACUCUGUGAAUUUGCAAUGCACAAUUCUUACUAAACAAUGUGUGGGAAAUCACAGUGUAUACUGGUUUAGACAUGGAGAAGGAGAUAGCCAUCCAGGAGUGAUAUACACACAUGAAAACAAAAAUGAUGAAUGUAUGAGAAACUCUAGUCUAGACUCACACUCUUGUAUCUACAAUCUCCCAAAACUCAAAGUUACUUCAUCUGAUGAUGGGAUGUAUUACUGUGCUGUGGCUAUGUGUGGAGAGAUUUUGUUCGGGAAGGGAAGCAGGCUUGCAAUCGGAGCACAAAAUUCCCUUUGGAGCGACUUAAAGGUCUCAGCUUUGGUAGCAUCAAAUAUUUUAUGUUUGUUGAUCAUCGCUGCCCUUUUAUAUAAAAGGAAAUCAAAAACAAAAGAAACCCUUGAAACUUCCCAUCUAUUACAUCAAAUGCCAUCUGUGAUUUCUGCUGAUGAGGGUGCAUUAAGCUAUGCAGCAGUAAAUUUCCCCGAGAGACGCAAGACUGAACGAAGCACAGACACAAAUGUGGUUUACUCCACUGCCAGACUGGGCAAAUAAUAUAUCUGGAAAUAUACGGCAAAGUAAAGGUAUAGUUUUUAAAAGUGCAACACUCUUAAGUGCUCUUAAUACAGCCAUGACCUUAAUGUAUUUGUAAGAUAUAUAUUUUUUACCAAUUGUGAUAUAGCCUACUUACCAAAAUGUUUAAAGAAAGUUGUACAGUGCUGCUACAGUGUCAAAAAUCCAAAAUGUUCUCAAAAGUAAUAGGGUAACAUGAACAAAGAUAUUAUUUGUAUUUUUUUAGUAGGAAGGGUAAAUGUAUUAUUUUGUGUACACUGAAUAAUAUUAGUCAUCAGCAUGUUACUAACAAAGAUUAUGUUGUUUGACUGGAAUUACAAUAUACUCAAUUGAUACUCAAGUUUGCCCAAACUAUUUUACAAUAAACAAAGAGUUUGAAAAUUCCCAGCAUUCAAUGCAACAUGCAAAAUUAUGUUGUUCAUAUAAGUAUUACUGUUGUUUGCUGGUUUUAGUGUUGUUGUAACUGUUAGUUGCCUGUCGCUAUAAAAAACUUUUUUUUUCAAGAACCCAUCCUAAACAGCACACAUCUGUGUGAAUCCCUAAAAAAUAAAUGUAAUUUGUUAUGUUUUAUCACUUAUCAGUAUUUAUUUAUUGAUGUUUAUUGAACUAAAAUGCAAUAAAAUACAAAUUAAUUAAAUACAAUAAAAAAAGAUGUACCUGAUAUGUACCUAUUAUAUACUUAUUACACAAAAAUAUAUUUUAUGUUAUUCAUGAUUAGGUAUUUUUUGUUUAAUCAAGUCAGUUUACAAGUAAUUUCAAUUUACUAAUAUUUAUCUUGGCUAGAGAUGAGUUUUUAUAACUUAUAAAAUAUUGUUGAAAUAAGCCAACGUUAUGCAUUUUUUUUUUUUUUUUGAGGUUUGUGUCUUAAGCGUUGAGGUCUCAGUGCAUGAUGCUGUGUUGCUUUGCAUGCAUGCAACACGUUUCAACAGUUAAUUGACCAGUAGUGUGGUCUCUCUUACUGUAACCGUUAAAAAAAGUUUAACUAAAAAAGUAAGUUACCUGGUUGCAUUACUGAAUUUUGAGUUAAUUCAACUUAAAAAUAUUACUUUUUUAAGAUAACAAAUAUUUGUAAGUAAAAUUUUAAGGCAAAGGUAACUUACUUUUUUAAGCUGAACCAACAAAUCUUUUUUACAGUGUAUGUAAACCGUAUGUGUAUGAUAACAAUAAACCAAUGCUAAAUAAAACUUGACUAAAUUGCCUAAUUAAAUUGAUUAAGCCUAAUUAAACUGAUGAGACAGUAUUUUCAAUUAGGUUAACUGCUUUGCCCGAAACUUAAAAAUGUCCUGAAUUGCAACCUCAGAUGUUUUUAUUGUGUACAGUUUCACCUCUCAAACCACUUUAAUGGCACAGUGCAUCAAAGCCACAGAUCAAAAUCUGAGACCACAAAUAAGAAACACCAAAGCUGUAUGGCCCUUUUUCAGAACAUCAUGUCCUUAUGUCUUAAAACUGUUGAUUCCUCCGAGUUGAUGAAAUCAUUUCUUUGAAUCCAUUUAUUUUCAGCAGAGUCAAGGUUGUUGUUUUGUUUUUACCCAACCAUAAUA